CGCAGCAUAUCCUACCAAUAAAGCGUAUCCACGUAGGCAUGCUUUUUAAAUUUCGGCCUCCUGCAAAUUUUCAAAUCCACCAUCCCUGCGCCACUUGCAGCGAAAGUUUGGCGUCGCGGAAAACGCAUCGGAAAGAGGAAGAGCUAGAGUAGCGUAGAGGGAUCGUGUUUUCUGUGGUCGUCGGAAAUCUAAGUUCAGACAUCUGGAAAAAAGCACUUCCAACUUUGCUAUUGUAAAGUAUGUUAGGGCAAAACUACUAACAUUCCGAUUUGUGUCAAUGCUACGCAAGAUCACAAACCCUAAGCUACAUUUUCCACCCGGUCUCGAUCUGUACUUAAAUUCAAGUUUAAACUCCUUGCAAUCAGAGGUAAAAUUUUAGGCCUUUGGUCUCGGUUGCGUUUUUGAAGCUUGAUUGCCUCUAAUCCGUUAACUAUUUCGAUGGGGAAACGGAUAUGUUGCGAUGCGGGAAAAAUUGAAGUUUCAGAAAGUCUAAUCAAUAAAAUUUACGGUGUCUUCUCCGAUGGCAUACAUUUUGCAAAACCAAUUUCAUCCUUGAGGACAAGGGAAGUUGACGUGGUAGGAGCUGUGUUACAAAUGCUGCAAGGACUUUCUAGUUCAUUAUUUUAUUGGGAUGGUGAUGGAAAGAGUUUUUGUUGCAAAAGUGGGAUGUAUGUGGAACACCUUUCUCAUACAAGCCUUCACGCCAUCGUCAAUCAAUUUAUGUUUGCUGCCUCAUGCUUGCAACUGGUGGAAAUUCUAAUUGGUAAAUUUGAGAAAUCUGUGAGAUUACCUCCGCCUACAUUGCGGGCAUUUACUUGCUCCGUUUCUGCUUGGCUUAAGAGGUUGCGUGACAUUGCUUUAACGGAAGAAAUAAAGAUAAGCAAUGAUGGAGCUGGGAUUGCUCCUACAUUGUUGGGAUUGGCAAAUUCUUUGUCUAGUCUUUGCUCAGGUGCUGAGUAUCUGUUUCAAAUAGUGCAUGGUGCUAUUCCUGGAGUAUAUUUUGAGUCAAAUUCUUCUAUUCCAGCUGCUGACUUGGCUGUUCAUAUCCUGGAUUAUCUUUACAAGAAGCUAGAUGAAGUGUGUCUUGCACGAGGUGGUGAGGAGGAAGAUUAUCAGAUGCUACUUCAUAUGUUUAUUGGAAGUUUGUUGCCAUAUGUGGAGGGUCUUGAUUCCUGGCUAUUUGAAGGAACACUUGAUGAUCCUUAUGAGGAGCUGUUUUUUUAUGCAAACAGUAGAAUUUCUGUUGAUGAGGAUGACUUCUGGGAGAAGAGCUAUCUAUUGAGACAAACACAUCAGAAGUUAGAAGUUGAGCUCUCUGGCCCAUCUUUUGCGAACAAUCCAGGAAUUGGGAUGAGUGACAAAAAGGAAAUGGGACAAAGGGAAUCCACUUCAAUUUCUAGUUCUUUAAAAGGAAAGGAACAGAGCAACCGAGACCUUCAAGCAUGCCCUGUGUUUAUUAAGGACAUAGCUAAGUCAAUUCUGUCUGCUGGAAAGUCAUUGCAGCUGAUCCGCCAUAUUCCACUUACAUCCUCAGCACUAUCUGGGAAAGGAAGUGAUUCUGACAUUAGUGAUGGUUCUGGCUGCUCAUACAGUGGUGCAUACCAUGGGCAAAGUAUUGCAGGUUUAACGUUGUCAGAAAUUUUUUGUGUGUCGUUAGCAGGUCUCAUAGGCCAUGGUGAUUAUGUCUCGAGAUAUAUUUGCCAAGAGGACUGGUACAAAGAGAAGAUUGUUCCUUCUUUUGAAUAUUACAUGAACAAACAAAAGGUGGAAAAUCAUGAUAAUGGAAUUUUUCCUACAGCAUGCUCAGAGAAAAUUUGGUAUAAAUUAUUGGUUGAUACACUUCAGGAGAAAAGAUUGCUUGAUGGAAACAAGUAUACUAAAACAAGAGAAGAGAAAAUGGCUGCAGAUGUUGUAAAUAGAUUUUCCCAUUUCAGACCUUUCUGUCCAGAAAAUCCAGUUAUUACUGUCUGCCAAAUAAUUGUUCCUAAGAAUAGGGAUGCCUUGAAAACAUUGAAUUUAUCUAGAAAUUUGUAUUUACCCUCUCUAAAUGAUCAGGUUUUACAGAACGCUAUAUUUGGUAAGGAGAAUGAACCACCUUAUGCAGUUGAAGGAACAAACUAUACUUUUGGUUUUCAAUUUGGUGAGUCUGAAUAUCUUCGUUCAAAAGAAGACUCUAACAUGUUAGAAGUGUUAUUUCCGUUUCCUACACUUCUUCCUUCCUUUCAGGAUGAUCACCGUCUCUCGGAUCUCUUACCUUUUCAGAAAAAUAGCACCCUUCCAUCAAAAGUUCUCAGCUGGCUUCAAACUUUUGAACCAGUCAGUAAUCCACUUCCUGUGGUUAUAAUUCAGGAAUGCCUUACUGUCUACAUCAAGAAGCAGGUGGAUUGCAUCGGCAGGCAUAUAUUGUCAAAAUUGAUGAACGAUUGGAAAUUGAUGGAUGAGCUUGCUGUUUUGCGCGCCAUCUACUUGUUAGGAUCAGGUGAUAUGCUCCAGCACUUUUUGACUGUGAUUUUUAAUAAGCUGGAUAAAGGAGAAACAUGGGAUGAUGAGUUUGAGUUAAACACAAUAUUACAGGAAUCUAUAAGAAACUCUUCUGAUGGCAUGCUAUUAAGUGCUCCGGAUUCAUUGGUUGUGUCCAUUGGGAAAACUCAAGGUCCGAGUGCCAACGAGCAACCUAAUAUAUCUUCACUUCCCUCCACUCCUCGUAAAAGUCGUGUGCACACCUUUGGAAUUGAUGGUCUUGAUUUAUUAAAAUUUACAUAUAAGGUCUCAUGGCCACUUGAGCUCAUUGCUAAUGCAGAAGCAAUCAAAAAGUAUAACCAGGUGAUGGGGUUCUUGUUAAAGGUCAAGCGGGCAAAAUUUGUACUUGAUAAAGCUCGGAGGUGGAUGUGGAUGGGUAGAGGCACUGCAAAAAAUAACUACAAGCAUCACUGGUUGGUGGAGCAGAAACUACUCCAUGUCGUGGAUGCAUUUCACCAAUAUGUGAUGGACAGAGUAUAUCAUAGUGCAUGGCGGGAACUCCAUGAGGGUAUGGCAACCGCUUGUUCUCUGGAUGAAGUCAUUGAAGUACAUGAGUCCUACUUAUUAUCAAUUCAGAGGCAGUGCUUUGUAGUUCCCGAUAAGCUGUUUAUUGUUCUCUAUUGGAUUCAGUGGGCUCUGAUUGCAAGCAGAAUCAACAGCAUCCUUGGAUUAGCAUUGGACUUCUAUUCUGUGCAGCAGACACUUAGUGGUGGGGUAGUUUCUGCAAUCAAGGCCAAAUGUGAAAUGGAAGUUGAGCGUAUAGAUAAACAGUUUGAUGACUGCAUUGCUUUCCUUCUCAGGGUCCUCUCUUUCAAGCUAAACGUGGGGCACUUCCCUCAUUUGGCAGAUUUGGUUACUAGGAUCAACUAUAAUUACUUCUACAUGUCUGACACUGGAAACCUUAAGACUGUCCCGAGCUCUGAGAGUGCCACAGCAAGAAUGGGGAAGGCUUUUGUUGGUAGAACAGACUGAAUUUUUAGGGUUUUGUUUGUCCAAGGUUUCAGUAAUUAUUUGUUACCGCUAGAACAUAUUCUCCAUGAAACAUUUAUUUAUUUAUUUAUUUUUUUUGAGGUAAA